CCCUUGCCUAUAAAUUGCCGCGAAAGCGAUGGAAGCAAAGCUCUUUCUUUCGGACGUAUCUACGAAUAUCACUCGGUCUUUUCUACUUUAUCUCUCAGUCAUUUCUACAAACAGCUUAUCCUCUCUGUCUCUAACUUCACAUCCAAGCAAGGUAUACUCCAUACCUCCAUUAAUUGCUAUUUUUAUCUGUCCUUUUUCUUCCCUUCUAUUCUCUCAGCAAACCUCUCACCGGUCCAAAACCCCAUUCCAGUUCAAUCCCAUCCAAGAAUUCUCAAAUCCUCUCCAAAUCAAUCUAAUCGCUCCACAAAAUUCUCCAAUUCUCACACAAUUCAACGACACCAAGAAAAUGCAUUUUUUGAAUUUUUUUCAGAAAUUACUAAAUUUGGAAAGAUCAGUUCUCCAUAAAAGAAGUGAAGAAUUGCAAUCGCAAUGUCCGUUUGAAGCUGCUCCAAUUUAAUAUACGUAAUCCGUGAGGCAUCGCCCUAAAAUGGCGGGAGGACGGCGGAGACGUAUUCAUUUCAGCAAGAUCUACAACUUCUCUUGUAUCCGUUCUUCGUUCAGGGACGAUCAUUCCCAGAUCGGGCAGAAGGGCUAUUCGCGGAUAGUGCAUUGCAAUGAUCCUGACAACCCGGAGGCGGCGGCUCUAAACUACUGUGGGAACUAUGUGUCCACGACGAAGUAUACUUUGGUGAAUUUCAUCCCCAAGUCUUUGUUCGAGCAGUUCCGGCGCGUCGCAAAUGUGUACUUUCUCGUGGUGGCAUUUGUUUCAUUCAGUCCGUUGGCACCAUACCGGGCUGUCAGUGUUCUUUUGCCGCUGUUGGUGGUGAUUGGGGCCACGAUGGCCAAGGAGGCUGUCGAAGACUGGCGGCGGAAGAAGCAGGAUAUUGAAGUCAAUAAUCGGAAAACUAAAGUUUAUGGCAAGGAUCACACUUUCCAUGAAACCACAUGGAAGGAACUUAGGGUUGGCGAUCUUGUCAGGGUGGAUAAGGAUGAGUUCUUCCCUGCUGAUCUGCUUCUGCUUUCGUCGAGUAAUGAUGAUGGAAUUUGUUAUGUCGAGACAAUGAACCUUGAUGGUGAGACUAAUCUAAAAGUUAAGCAAAGUCUAGAGGUGACAUUGGCAUUGCGGGAUGAAAAAUCCUUCCAGCAUUUUAAGGCAUCGAUCAAGUGUGAGGACCCAAAUGAGAGCCUGUAUUCUUUUGUUGGAAGCCUUUAUUAUGAUGGCAAUCAGUAUCCCCUUUCACCCCAUCAGAUCCUUCUGAGAGAUUCAAAGCUUAGAAACACUCAGUAUAUAUACGGCGUGGUGAUUUUCACCGGGCAUGACACAAAGGUGAUGCGGAAUGCGACAGACCCUCCUUCCAAGAGGAGCACGAUCGAGAGGAGAAUGGAUAAGAUUAUCUAUUUACUAUUCAGUAUCCUGGUUUUGAUAUCUUCUGUGGGAUCUGUUUUGUUUGGAAUCAAAACAAAGGAGGAUAUUAGUGAUGGAAAGUUUAAAAGGUGGUAUCUCAGGCCAGAUGAUUCAACCAUCUUUUUUGACCCCAGAAGAGCAGCUUGGGCCGGAUUUUUUCAUUUUCUGACAGGACUUAUGUUGUAUGGAUAUUUGAUACCAAUAUCCUUGUAUGUAUCCAUAGAAAUUGUGAAGGUUUUACAGAGUAUAUUUAUUAAUCAAGACCUGGAUAUGUACGAUGAAGAAAUGGACAGGCCAGCACGUGCCCGAACAUCAAAUUUGAAUGAAGAACUGGGUCAGGUUGAUACCAUUCUAUCUGAUAAAACUGGGACGCUGACAUGCAACUCAAUGGAGUUCUUGAAAUGCUCCAUUGCAGGCAUUAGUUAUGGCCGUGGCAUGACGGAGGUAGAGAGAGCAAUGGCUAGAAGGUUUAAGCAUGAUGGACCCGAGUUUCAGGACUUGUCGUCUGAUUUUGCAGGGGACAGUGGUGAUGUUUUGGAUUCAAGACCACGAAUCAAGGGUUUCAACUUCAGAGAUGAACGCAUUAUGAAUGGGCAAUGGGUGAAGGAACCCAAAUCAGAUGCCAUACAGAAGUUCUUUCGCGUGUUAGCUAUCUGCCAUACAGCCAUUCCUGAAGUGGAUGAAGAAUCUGGCGAAAUUUCUUAUGAAGCUGAGUCACCAGAUGAAGCAGCUUUUGUGAUAGCUGCAAGGGAGGUUGGGUUUGAAUUCUAUGAGAGAACCCAGACAAGCAUCUCAUUGCAUGAAUUGGAUCCCAAGGCAUGCAGAAAGGUUGACAGGUCAUAUAAGCUUCUUCAGGUUUUAGAGUUCAGUAGUUCUCGUAAGCGAAUGUCUGUGAUUGUGAGGAAUGAAGAGGGUCAGCUGUUGCUCCUCUGCAAAGGUGCAGACAGUGUGAUGUUUGAAAGGCUUGCUGAGGAUGGACGAAUGUUUGAGUCUAGGACAAAAGAACACGUCAAUGAAUAUGCUGAGGCUGGUCUGAGAACCUUGGUUAUUGCAUACCGUGAGCUUGGUGAAGAAGAAUACAAUAUAUGGCAGGAAGAGUUUGUAAAUGCCAAGAAUUCUGUCAGUGCAGACCGAGAUGCAAUGAUGAAUGCAGCUGCUGAUAAGAUUGAGAGGGAUUUGAUUCUUCUUGGCGCUACAGCUGUUGAAGACAAACUGCAGAAGGGGGUUCCUGAGUGCAUCGACAAACUCGCUCAAGCAGGAAUCAAGAUAUGGGUUUUGACGGGUGAUAAGAUGGAAACUGCAAUCAAUAUUGGGUUCGCAUGUAGCUUGCUAAGACAAGGAAUGAAACAGAUCGUGAUCACGCUGGAUGCACCAGAUAUCAAUGCCUUGGAGAAACAAGGGGACAAGGAAGCCGUUGCAAAGGCUUCACGGGAAAGCAUUACAAAGCAAAUACGUGAAGCAAAAUCUCAAGUUAGUUCAGCAAAAGAAAGUUCUGUUGCUUCUGCUCUUAUCAUUGAUGGCAAGUCUCUGGAUUUUGCUCUUGUGGGAAAAACGGAGAACUUGUUUCUGGAGCUUGCUAUUGAUUGUGCAUCUGUUAUUUGCUGCCGCUCUUCACCGAAACAGAAGGCGUUGGUUACAAGAUUGGUGAAAAAGGGAACAGGGAAAACGACACUAGCAAUUGGGGAUGGAGCAAAUGAUGUUGGCAUGCUUCUAGAAGCCGACGUUGGAGUUGGCAUUAGCGGUGUUGAGGGGAUGCAGAUAUGCUACUUUUUCUACAAGAACAUGACGUUUGGCUUUACCCUAGUUUGCUUUGAGGCUUAUGCUUCUUUCUCAGGGCAGCCUGCUUAUAAUGAUUGGUACCUGUCCUUCUACAAUGUCUUCUUCACUUCUCUUCCUGUGAUUGCUCUGGGAAUCUUUGAUCAAGAUGUGCCUGCACGUCUUUGCCUCCAGUUCCCAUUGUUGCAUCAAGAAGGUGUGCAGAACAUCCUCUUCCGCUGGUAUCGCAUACUUGGGUGGAUGUUCAAUGGAGUAUGCAGCUCCAUCAUCAUCUUCUUCUUCGCUACCAGCUCUGUCCUUCACCAGGCCUUCCGGCAGGAUGGUCGUGUUGCGGGUUAUGAAGCGCUCGGCGUCACCAUGUACACGUGUGUCGUCUGGACCGUAAACUGCCAGUUGGCCCUCUCCCUCAGUUACUUCACAUGGAUCCAUCAUUUCGUCAUCUGGGGCAGUAUCAUCUUCUGGUACAUCUUCUUAACCAUUUAUGGGACAGUCCCACCAACGAUAUCCACAUCAGCGUACAAGGUUCUCGUUGAAGUCUGCAGUCCAAGCCCUCUCUACUGGCUGUCCACGCUCUUCAUUGUGGUGUCUGCCCUCCUACCGUAUUUUUCCUUCGUGGCUCUGCAGUCAAGGUUCUUCCCUACAUACCACAGCAGGAUCCAGGCCAUGCAUGCAAAAGGCUCAGUACCGCAGGCAUUGGUUGGGUUCUCUGCACGUUUCGAUGCCAGGAUGAAAGAGAGAGUACAUCGCAGACAGUCGUGAAAUGCAGGUGGGUCUG